AUGUGUCAUAAAGUAUUACAACAAACAUCAUACAUAAUCAGCACGCUAGUGUCUGUCCGGAUUCGGAAUCCCGGUGAAUUACACAUUGAAGUUCAAAGCCAAAUUCUCGAAGAUCAGUAUUCACCACCAUACGCAAUUCUGGAUUAUAGGGGUACUGAUUCAGCAUGUUUUAUUGCCAAAACAUUUAAAUACGUUAGCGGAUCAAAAUUAUACCCUGCUAAAAAAACACCAAUGUGUCAUAAAAAUGAUUUGAUGACACCUUAUCAAUUGGAGUCAAGUUGUGUUUCAAGAAUAACUCUGGCUUAUUUCGAAGAUAUAAAAGGACAAAAUAUUCAGCCCUACUGUGAUAUUCCCUUUGAACAAAAAUGCGACAGUUAUGAAAAUGGGAUUGGUACUUGCGCGCUGUGUAAACACGAAAAUCAAUUAAAUGAAAGUAAUCAGUAUGCGGAUGAUUCGUUUGCUUUUACUGACAUUGAAAAGGAAAAAUAUGGAGGCUAUCCAUUUUUAGAUUACUGUCCAGUCCUCCUAAUUCACCACCAUACGCAAUUCUGGAUUAUAGGGGUACUGAUUCAGCAUGUUUUAUUGCCAAAACAUUUAAAUACGUUAGCGGAUCAAAAUUAUACCCUGCUAAAAAAACACCAAUGUGUCAUAAAUUGUCUUCAUUUUAUGCAUGCUGUGACAGAUAUGAUUGAUAUCAUAUAUUACAAACUGUAUGUUUUCCUUAUAAAUUCACCGAUAAGAGACUAUAUAUAGUGUGAAUGUAAUUUCUCCUCUCACCACUUACGUAUUCUGUACGAUAUGUUAUAUUAACGCUAAUCAUUUCACAUCAUUCAUCUCUUACACAAUCAUACACAUACCUAGUUUAGACAUUAUUGACGUUGAUUGGAUGACCUAUUCAGUGUACAAUGAAACAAAGAACCAUGUACCUAUUUAUAUUCGAUAAUUUUGAUGUUUGAUUAUAAUUCCUUGAAAAAGCGUGGACCAGAUUGCCAGGCGAAACGUUGGAUUUACUACAAAUUCAUUUGCUGAGAUUUUACAACUAUAUAUUAUUCCUUUUUAAUUCCAUGAGUCUUCAGUUCUGUUGAAUCGAUUAAAACCCUCAAUCAAAUUUUUAGAGAACUGUCAAUUCUGAAUAAUAUCCCUCACUGAUGAUUUUAGAUAACGAAACAAACCGGAGAUAGCCGGGCGAAACACGCAAGAAUUGUGAACCGAGAAUGUGAGAAGUUAAAAUUGUCUCCAACGAUAGAAUUCCAGUUUAAAUGCCUGGUAGUAGUCUUUAUCAUUUGUUCAACCGAGGAUACUGACAUCCGAACUAGAAUCUUGAGAAAGCCCAAACUGCAUGACCCUGCAGGAAGUGACUACUGAAUGUCAAGUGUUAGUGAAUUUGAAGCAUGACACCUCGAUGGUGGACAACGUCAACUAGUUCCUUCAUACCAAAAAAAAUUUGUAAGGUGCCAGCACGUAGAAUUAUCGUGAUGACAGCGUCAAAACACUAUGCCGGUUAUAUGAUGUUUGUCGUUUUAUAAGGUUUUAUUCGCUUAAAAACAUCAUUGUACUAAGUGACCCAGAAAAGGACACAAAUGAAAUCAUUGCAAAACCGGGAAACGCCGUCAACCUAAAGUGUAUUCUUAAACAUUCAAGCCAUGCACAGCCGAAAUGACGGUAGCUGUUAACAGAACCGGCCCCCAUAAUCGUAGAAAGUAAGCUUCACUCAAGAUUAAUGGAUAUUACCUGCACUUGCAGCUAGACAGCCUCCGAUAUAACACUUAUAAGCAGGAGAACGAGCGAGAAGGUUUGCAGAGCUUGAAUAUACUCAACUCAUCAAUCAGCACUUAGAGCAUCCAGAGGAAUGCUAAUCACUGAUGAUGAGAUUCAUUGUGAAGUGACUGUCGAAACGUUUACGGAGAAGAAAGUAAUAUUUUUUGUGUCGAUUACUCAGCCGGGCUAAAUGAAGCCAUAGAAACACAUCAGUGUCAACUACUUCUACCUAAAGAUCUUUUUCUAGGAUGAAUGUUUAUGAGCUCUUUGCAAAGUUGGACUAAUCCGAACUCUGUUCACAACAAACACACACAAAUAUCAAUUCCAGUAUAACCUACUACCCUUCGGGGUCAAGACGGCCUCAUCCAUAUUGCAGCAAGUAAUGGAUUCCAUGGUACAGGGUUUCCCAGGUGCUUCACCUUAUCUGCAUUAUAAAAUAAUGAUGGGAGUAGAAAAAAUAGGCUUAGAGAAGAAGCUUCAUCUAGUGCUGUUGCGAAUAGCCGAAUAUGGACUUCGACGCCUUGCAGAAAAAUGUAACUUUUGUAUUCAAAAGGUAAGGUACCUCGGAUUUGUACUGAACAAAGAUGGCAGAAGACCAGAUAUAGAGAAUGCUCAGACAGUGAAAACUAUGCUUGGACAGACGGACGACCUCACACCGCAAUCGUUUUUGAAAUUCUUCGUUCAUUAUGGAGCUAUUAUUCUCAACAUUAAUCACCUACAUUCCCCAAAAUAACUUUCUGGCGAAGAGUCUCAAAUUGGAUUGGUUUGCAAACUGCCAAGUCGCUUCCGAGGAAAUAAAGAAAAUACUAGCCUUGGAUCUGUUGAUCACCCAUCACGUUACAUUAUUACCCAUUGCAUUAGCAUCAGAUGCUUCAAACUACGUCAUUGGUGCGGUUAUUUUGUCAUAUCAUGCCAGACGGAUCUGAGAAAGUCAUUAGGCUUGAACAUUAACUAGCUACAAUCAGAUCGAAAAGAAAGCCUUGUCUAUUGGCUUUGCUGUAAAAAAGUUUCACAAGAUGAUAUUUGGACGCCAGUUCACUCUAUUAACUGACCGUUAACCAUUGGUUGGCGUUAUCAGAUUGAAUAAAGAAAUUCCGGUCUACACGGCAAACGAGCUUUAAAGGUGAAGACCUACAUUCUUGAGUUGUGACUUUAAAUUUAAGUAUGUAGAUAACGAAACAAAACGGAGAUAACUGGGUGAGGCAUACAGGAAUUGUGAACCAAAAAUGUGAGAGGUCCACAUUGUCUUCCACGAUAGAAGACCAGUUUAAAUGCCUAGAAUUUGUCUGUAGCCUGCGGUCACUGAAGGAUGCUGACAAGCGAACUCGAAUCUUGACUUCAAGAUCAAGUACCAGCCUACUACUGAUUUUGGACAAGCAGACGAUUUGUGUAAACUGAUUGGUCCACGUGUAGAACAAGAAGAUGAUACCUUGGUGACAUUAAUGGAGGCGGAAGCAGAAGUAUAUCGAGUAUUUGAAGACUCAGUCGAUGGUUAAUCAGUUACUUUCGAAAGUAUCAAAAAAGCCACGGGAAAUGACAAGACGUUGAGGAAAGUUAGUGCUUAUCUUCUCACCAAGUAACCGAACCGUCAUUUUGAAAAAUCAAUUUUACAAUGUUUUCGCUGGCAAGACUCACUGAUAAUGGUCGAUUCAUGAAUAACGUUUGGUGACAGAAUUGUUGUUCCGAAAACAUUACGCCAGAAGCUUCUGGAACAAUCUCACAGUGGCCAUCCUGACAUCAAUAAGAUGAAAGUGUUAGCUCGAAGCUAUGCUUACUGGCCUACAUUGGACCGAUAUAUCGAAAGUGGAUGCCACAAUUAUUCGUCAUGCCUGUGGGCAGCUAAGAGUCCAAAGAAGUGUGAACCUCAUAAUUAAGAAAAACCUAAUAGAUAUUGGUAGAUGCUGGACUCAAAUUCUGUCGACCCAAUACAAGAAAGAAUGUUUCUAGUCAUGGUGGACACAUUCACAAAAUGCAUAUAAAUCUAUGCCAUGGCGAAUAGCACAGCCAGCAAUUUCGGUGACCGAUUGUCUUACAAUUCACCACAGAAUUAUCGAAGGACUUACAGAACAAGGAUGGAAUUGUGCUCAUACGCUCACCUACAUUUUACCCUCAAUUAAAUGGACAGAUAGAGCGCUUCGUCAACGUAUUCAAAAGAGCACUAGUGAAAGGAGAAGACGACAGGACAAACUAAAAGAACAAUAGAAUAUAAUCAGCAUCUUACAUUUUGAUAAUUUUCCUAUGAAGAUUAUCAGAAAUAUAUUAAAACAAGACCAUUCACCACGUAAUGAUAACAAUGAUUCGAAUGAAAUGCCAUGGAUUGGUACUGCAGUUUUACCAUGCCGUCAUGGCACAACUGUAGAACUCCAAAUAAUCUUAAAACAACACAGAUUUAAAGUAUUUUACAAAACAACGAACACUCUUGAAAAUACUUUAGUUCAUUUAAAGAAAAGUAAUCAUUCAUGUCUACACAGAAAUGCGUCUACAAAUUAGGUUGUGUCGACUGUGAUGCCUUCUAUAUUAGAGAGUGAUCUAGCGAAAUCAUGACUCGCGCCAAAGAACAUACAAGGUAAACAAAGAAACCACCUAAUAAUCCUGUAGAACUAGACAGACUUCAAAUUAAAUCAGCAAUACCGGUUCAUGUCAUUUUCCAUAAUCUUCAAACUGAUUUCAGAAACAUGAAAAUACUACAGAAAGGUUUUUCCAAUCACGAAGAAAGAAGAGUAGCUGAAGCUUUCCACAUAAUGCUUAAUCCCACUGCCCUCAAUAGAAAAGAAAGGCCUUACUAUGCAUCCUACUUGGACUAUCUAUCCUAGUCAAUCAGUCUAAUAUUAUUUACAAUUUCACACCAUUACAUUACAAAUUAACUCUAUGCUUUGUCAUUACAAAGGUCACACAUUUUUCAUCAUUUACAGUGGACACAUACAAAUAAAAAUUACAUCCAUGUCACUUAUGAAUCACCUUGACCGCAAUGAAAUGACGUGACAUUGAUUUAUUCAUACCUGUUUUUGAUUGAUCACCUAAUUAUUCUUGGAUUUUUCCGUUGUACUAAUUAAACUUGGAUUAUAGUUAAUUUGAUAAUUUAUUCUUUGUACAAGUGGCUUACACUGAGUCACGAAACAUCAGAAAAUCUAAUUUUUCUACUCAUUGAGAUAUUACAAAUAUAUUACUUAUUUAUAAUAAACAGUAGUUGCGACUUC